CACACACAGCACAACACAAGAGCAGCCCGGGCACACACCGUGUCACACCACCAGAGACCCCAUCAUUUGGAUAAUAUCUAAAUAUCUGUGGGACGAGUUUUUUAUUGUCUGUUAUUUGAGCUGCGUCGUUGAAAGCGUGUGGUCGACAGUGACGCUCAGGAGUGACACUGAUGCCAGACGAGGCAGGGCGGGGAGUAAAAACACUUUAACUGGGACAGCGUGGAGGAGAGCGUCACGUUCAGCUGGUGGAGCAAGGACCAAAUACUCAGGGAUAUGUCCACCAACAGUGGAAGAGGUCAUGGGGGUCUUAACCAACUAGGUGGAAUGUUUGUUAAUGGACGCCCGCUUCCGGAGGUGAUCCGGCAACGCAUCGUGGACAUGGCCCACCAGGGGGUUCGGCCCUGUGACAUCUCGCGGCAGCUCAGAGUCAGCCACGGCUGCGUCAGCAAGAUCCUGGGACGUUACUACGAGACAGGCAGCAUCAAGCCUGGCGUGAUCGGCGGCUCUAAGCCCAAGGUGGCCACCCCGAAGGUUGUGGACAAAAUCGCAGAGUACAAGAGGCAGAAUCCCACCAUGUUCGCCUGGGAAAUCAGGGACAGACUGCUGGCAGAGGGAGUGUGUGACAGUGACACGGUGCCCAGCGUGAGCUCCAUUAACAGAAUAAUUCGAACAAAGGUCCAGCAGCCGUUCAAUCUGCCUCUGGAUGGAAAAGGCCUGAGUCCGGGGCAAACUUUAAUCCCCAGCUCGGCAGUCACCCCUCCCGAGUCUCCACAGUCGGACUCUUUGGGCUCCACCUACUCCAUCAGUGGCUUGUUGGGUAUCCCCCAACCCAGCGCCGAGGGCAAGAGGAGCCACGAUGACAGUGAUCAGGAGAGUUGUCGGCACAGCGUGGACUCUCAGGGUAGCGGAGGCGUCCCAAGGAAACAGAUGAGGGUGGAUCACUUCUCCGCGGCCACGCAGCAUCUGGACUGUGGGUUUGAUCGGCACCACUAUCCGCCGGACUCAUUCGGCUCCGCCUCCAGCAGCAAGACAGAGCAGACUUUGUACCCGCUAUCCCUCAUCAAUGGCAGUCUAGACGAGGCAAAGACCAGCCUCUCAACAUCCAGCUCUGCCAUUGGACGGAAUCUGACUGCGCACCAGAGCUACACCAUGGUGACUGAGCCCCUACAGUCCCUGCCGCUCUGUCUAAAACAGGAAAUGUCCCCAGAAGUAACCAGCACGAGCCCCUCCCCAAACAUGGCAGCGUCCAACCUGGCGUUCGUGGAACUGCAGGCGCUGCAGAAGCCCGUUUCUGUCAGCAGCAGCUGCAGCAACUCCAACCAUUUCCCCAACGCCUUCAACUCAUUCUCCCAUCAUGCACCAGUGUACGGGCAGUUCGGCAGUCAGUCCAUCAUCUCAGGUCGUGACAUGGUGAGCUCCACCUUGCCAGGCUACCCACCUCACAUCCCAUCCCCUGCCCAGUCAGGAUACUCCUCCUCCGCCAUCACGGGCAUGGUUGCAGCAGGUGCAGACUACACAGGUCAGACCUACAGCCAUUCGCCCUACACCUCCUACAGUGAAGCCUGGAGGUUCACCAACUCCAGCAUACUGGGUUCACCCUAUUAUUACAGCUCGGCCUCCCGCACCGCUCCCCCCUCCGCAGCCGCCUACGACCACCUCUAGUCCCUGCUGCAUGGACAGACUCUGCGCUGGUACUGGACCUGACUCGACCCGGGGCCAAGACCGGAGAACAUUACAUCAGCUGACACACAUCUGACCAUGGACCAAGGCAUGAAAGUCAAAACUGGAUGUGAACUUGAGACUCUGCUGAUGAACCAGCAACACAUUUGUUUGUUUUUAUAUCCUCUCAUGGUCUACUACUCACCAGUUAUUUAUUUGUCAGUACUGAUACCGUUGCCCAGGGUAACUCUGACUCAUGCACGUUUACACAUUGCUAACACUGAACUCCAACCUAGAGCCUGUUUCCAGAGACUCAGCCCAACAUCUCACAUCAAGGUGCAUAUCUUCAGUAUAUAGAGCUCUUUAACGCUGUUUUGGCCAAAGACUUAAUUUUUCGCACAUCUGCAACUUGACUCCACUGAUCCAGUGAAUACGGAUAUGCAACUUCUUAUACUGAACUAUGCCUGCUUUUGUUUACAAUGUUUUUGUCCCAUCAUCACUAAAUGAAUUCCUUUUUGUGAUCAGUGUCUGCUUGCAAAUUCAUUUUGUGACUUGUUUUCACUGUAAAUUCAGAGAUUUUUUUAAAGAGCGUUCCCAUAGUGAAAAUAGAGUAAAAGGUGACACAGUUGCAACAAAAUGCCCUCAUAUGCCCCUCAAAAACAAUUAAUGCAUUUGUCUAGCAAUAUGUACAUAUUGUAAAUGAUGAAUUACUUAUGGGGAAGUGAAGCAGUUUUACGCAGAGAGUGACCAAUGAGGGCGGGGGACGAUGGUGAUGGCUACUAAAACCAACAAGGCUUGAAAUACAUUUGUUUUGCGUCAGAUAACUUUAGUUUGUUGUCAUGCUGAUGUUAUGAUGUUUGGUAAGAACUGUGACUAUUUUUUCUUAUACUGUUAUUAAUAUUAUUGCAGAUGUAAAUAAUGAAUUUCUAAAGAAUUAUUUUAAUUAAAGCAUGACAAAUUU